AUGAGCGCCUCAAUCCCUCCAUCACCCGGCGAAGAAACACCAGCCUUCGACCUCAACCUCCAACACGGCCAUAAAGAUCUCGUCCAAGCCGUUGCAUUCAACACUUACGGCGAUCGCUGCGCAACUGGUUCAGUAGAUGGAAAGAUCCGCGUCUUUAACCGACACAAGGAUGGCACAUGGCGCCUUUGCGAUACAUGGACUGCACAUGGCGGCGAGAUUAUAGAGAUUCAAUGGCUUCCUGCGACUGUUUAUCCUAAUUUGAUCGCUUCCCUCGGCAUUGAAGGAUGGUUCCGUCUGUGGGCUGAGGAUCCUUCUGCUGCGCCUGGUCGACGAUUUUGUACCGGACGAGCUGGUAACGGAAAACCGGCAUUUGAUACACGAUCUAACAAAGCCCCCUACCGAUCGUUUUCAAUGAAGCAUAAUGAGGAGACAAGGCAUACAUAUCUUGCGCUCCUCGCGACGGACGGCCGUUUGACAGUUUACGAGAACGACCAACCAGAGAACCUAUCCGAAUAUGCAUCUAUCGACGAAUUCAGUGUCGCCCCAAAACCAAACAGGGGAGAAGAACUCGCCUUUCGUGUGCGCUUCGACCCCAACCCAGAACCAUGUUAUACCGCUCUGCGCGCAGGCGUACCCUCGGAUUCCUUAGGUCUCGUGGUGGCUGCAAUGGACACUGUCAAAGUUUAUCGAUCGCGGGAUAUAGUUGCAACUUCUAUAGGCGUUCAACAGACCCAGAAAGAGUUCUAUCUUGCUGUUGAAUUAACGGGCCAUCGAGGCCUGGUGCGGGAUGUCUCAUGGGCUGCAGGCAAUAUUAGAGGUUACGAUGUUAUUGCGACAGCAUGUCAGGAUGGUUAUGCGCGCGUUUUCCGAAUCGAAACACCCUAUUCUGAAGAUGAUGGCAAGUCGUGGUCUGCAGCGGAUCUCCUUCGGUCAGCACCACAUAUGUCAACGAGAGACUCGACACCACAAGCAAGAACAAACGGAACUGCGACACCAACAGAGAAACAAGCUACCACCCCUCAGCUACAGCCCCACAGUUACCAUCAACAUCAGCACCAUCCUUCCGGACUCAGCGCCAGUCUCGCAAAGUCAGGAUCCCACAAUGAUCGACAAUGGUCGGGGCAACCGGGUCAGGUUAAGCACAAUUUCCAAGAGAUAUCCAAGCUGGAUAAUCAUCGUACCCCUGUGUGGCGUGUGGGCUUCGAUGACGAUGGUCACAUAUUGGGCAGCACAGGUGACGAUGGGCGCCUGUUGUGUUAUCGUCAGACACCAAAUGGGGCAUGGGCCAAGAGCUCUGAGUUGGCAGUACAGAAAGCACGAAUGGCUACUCCAUGA